AUGAAUCGAGAUUAUCCGAUUGUAAUUGAAAAAAAUCAAGAAGAAUUAAAAAAAGAUGCAAAAAUUCGAGAGCUUUGGAUGAAAAAUAUUUGUGAUCAUGAUAAACACGCAAAAUUUAAAACAAAAGAAAUUUUUGAUUUUAUUAUCGUGGGAGCUGGUACUGCAGGAUGCGUGCUUGCCAGAGAAUUGAUUCAUGGUAUUCCAAAUAUUAAUAUUCUAGUAUUGGAAGCUGGAGGACCUGAUGUUCAUUCCAAUGGUUUAAUUAGUUUGCCAUGUACUUGGUUUAAGGCCUUCCAACUGGAUGACCAUGAUUGGGGAUAUAUUACUCAGGAACAGAAAGUGCGAAGUCGUGUAAAUCCUGAUAAAGAAAUAGCAAGGAAUAAGAUCCCUUAUCCACGCGGAAAGGUUUGGGGAGGAUGUAGCUCUUUGAAUGCAAUGAUUUAUAUGCGAGGUCAGGCGAAAGAGUAUAAUGAUUGGGCUGCUCAAGGUCCUGAAUACAAAAUUUGGGAUUGGGAUCAUUGUUUGGAAGCAUUCAAAGCAAUGGAAAACAAUGCACGAAAAAAUCCAGAUGAGAAAUUUAAACAAUUACAUGGAUUUAAUGGUUUACUUCACGUGCAAGACUGUCAUAACGGGAUCUACGAUGUUAUGUCAGGUUUGAUUGAUGCUGCGAAAAGCCUUGGAAUUCCUUCUAAUGAAGAUUUCAACGGUGAGAGACAAAAUGGAGUUGGAGUAUUCCAGUUUACAAACCAAGAAGGAAAAAGGUGUUCUUUGGCCGAAAGUUAUUUAAAAGAUGCGUUAAAAAAAGUCGAAUUACAUUCAGGCUCAGGACCAUAUGAAUUUGGAAAAGUUGUUGCCGUGGAUAUUAGAUCAUAUGCUCACGUAUUAGGUAUUAUUUGGGAUGAAGAGAAUGAAAAAGAAAACAUUGCGAUCGGUAUAAGAUACUUUUGCAAUGGUACAGUACGUGAAGCUUUUAUUGCACCAAAAGGAGAAGUCAUCCUUUGUAGUGGAGCUAUUAAUAGCCCUCAGAUAUUAAUGCUUUCUGGUAUUGGGCCGAAAGAGAAUCUUGAAGCAAAUAAUAUAAAAGUACGUAAAGAACUGCCAGUUGGAAGAAAUUUGUUGGAUCAUCCAAGUUGUUAUUUUGUAGCAAAAUCAGAUCCAGACGUAAUUCACCAUUGGAGUAGUGGAUCUGAAAUUGGGAUAAUACAUAAAGCUAACAUUGAAGGAAAAAUUCCUAGCAAAGAAGACCUUUUUGACAAGAAUCCAGAUUUUCAAAUUAUUGCGAUGCCAUUCCGAUCCGAUUUCAUGAAAGGAUAUAAAACCAGUGGGAUUAUUAUGUUACCAGUUCUUAAUGUCCCAUCAAGUGUUGGUUAUCUAGAACUUAAUAGCAGCAAUCCAUUCGAUCAACCAAGAAUAUUUUUAAACUUUUUCGAAAAAUCAGAUGAUUUAUAUAGAAUGAUCAGCUCACUUAAGCUAUGCCGUGAAAUACUUAAGCAGCCACCAUUGAGUACUGUUUAUAAUGUUAAGGAAAUUGGGAUAAAUGAUGAAUUUGGGCAAUGGAGUGUUAAUGUGGAUGAUAUUAGCGAAGAAGAUUGGGAAAAGUUUGUUGUGGAAAGGGGAACUACGACGUUUCAUCCAAGUGGAACAGUAAAAAUGGCACCAGAAUCUAAAGAUGGUGUAGUCAAUCAUCGACUUCAAGUUUAUGGUACGAAAAAUCUUCGGAUUGUUGACGCAUCGAUAUUUCCAUAUAUUCCAAGCGGAAAUACUAAUGCACCCACAGCUAUGGUUGCUUGGAAAGCGAGUCGGUUAAUUAUUGAAGAUUACAUGAAAAAAAAUUAA